AUGGAUUUGUACUCUCUUCAAUGGUUAUGUAGAUUAUUACUGGCGUUUUUAACCACUAGUAACUGCCAAAUUCUAACAACGAAACCUGUAUCCAGGGUAUUAGAUGUUGCUGUGGGACAGAAAAUCAGUUUAUCAUGCAUGUACCAGAGUGACUCGGUGUCUAUAAAAUGGUUUAAGAAUAAUCAAAAUGUGGAAAAUCUAGGCUUUGUGUUGUAUGAUAAGGCAUAUAUUGAUGACAAUAAUCAAGAUAUAGUGGAAGUAACUGCUGUCAAAGACAAAUCACAUUUUAAUGAUGCUGGAAACUACAGAUGUGUUUCUGGUGAUCAGGAAAAAACAUUCCAAGUUCGUGUCACAGCAUUAUCCCAUUGCAACGAUUUAAGACGUUCUAAGCAUGUCUACAGUGAUGAAUUGGGAUGUUCUUAUAUCAUACAGCAACGACGUUUUACGAUGUUCCAAACAUCUCCUACAACAACAGUUAACGAUGAUGUCAUCUACCUACAAAAACGUUUCACGAUAUUCCUUGUAUCCUCCUACAGCAAUCGUUUACGAUGUUCCUUGCAUCUCCCUAUAGCAACGGUUUAUGAUGUUCCCAAAAUCUUCCUACUAUAG